AUGGGCUCUAAAAAACAUAAGAAGGAUUCCAAGAAAAAGAAGCACAGGAGUAGGUCUCGGUCGCCAUUAGAAGGAGAAGAACGUGAACGUAAACAUCAUAGAAAACACAAGGACCGCAAAAAGGAUCGCUCACCAGAUGUGGAAGAGGUGCCUGUGGACUCUCAUCUACUCCCGAAGAAUUUGCCGAGAUCCCGCAGUCGCAGCAGUAGUCACAGUCGCCGUUCAAAAGAUAAACAUAGUGAUGAGAAGCACAGUGACAAAAACCAUGAAGCAGAACGGUUCCAAUUCCCAGUUGAAGUAUCUGCAUCUGUACAGGAGAGUUUAUCCAUCGAGGAAACAAAUAAGCUUCGAGCUAAAUUGGGCCUUAAACCCUUGGAAGUCACCGAGAAGCCAGCCGAUGACGGCAAGAUCAAAGAUGAUCUCGGUGAGUUUUACCACAAGCCCGCACCCAACUUGUCCCAGCGGAAGAAGUCAGAUAAAAUACGCGAGAAACUUGAAGAACGGCGGGAGAAAAGAAAAUUGGAAACAAAGCUAAAAACUAAUCUUAUAGCUGAAGGAUCAGAUGAGGAAGACGCAGUAGCUUGGGUUAAAAAAUCGCGACAGCUUGAUAAACAGAAGAAAGAAGCUGAGAAACGGGCGGCGAUGUUGGACGAGAUGGACGCAGUAUUUGGGGUCGGUGCUCUGGUGGCGGAAGAACAGCGUGAGGAGAGGCAACGCAGCUACACCGAUCGCCAUCUUCGUGGAUUACGCGUUGCUCAUGAUGUCACCCAGUUGCCAGAUGAACGAGAGACAAUAUUGACACUCGCCGACAAGGAUGUGCUGGCGGAGGAUAAGGAGGAUGUGCUUGUUAACGUCAAUAUGGUUGACGAGGAGAGAUAUAAAAAGAACAUCGAGGAGCGCCGCAAAGCAGCAGCUGGUUAUCAGGCGUAUGAUGAAGAGAGCGAGAUAGCUGCAUCCCUCGGCCUAGAGAAGCCGAUGCUUUCCAAAUACGACGAGACCAUAGAUCCUGAACACAAGAAGAAGACAGCGGGAUUCUUACUCGGCGACGAAGCCGCCUUGGAGGCUAGUCGCUUCAAGGAAAUGAUGAGACAAGAGCGACUCGCUGGUGGACCAGAUAAGCGCUUGGAGUCCUUGCAGCUGCCUCAGCUGCGCAUAGCUUCAGACUAUAUGGAUGAGCACGAGAUCAGUGCCAAGUUCAAGAAGAUCAAGAAAAAGGGUAAAAUCCGGAAGAAGGCGAAGCAAGAGCCAAUAGACGUGGAUGACUAUGACGCAGGCAAUGCACCUCUAGAAACUGAUGACACUGAUGUCAAAGUUGAGAUGCUACAGCCAGUUGUUGACGAUGAAGAAGUGGAGCCAGACGGGGAACUACAGAGUGCACUAGCAAGGGCUCGUAGACUUAGACUGGCUGACCAGCAAGCACCAGUUGUGCCCAAGGUCGAAGAGAUCCUUGAGAAAGUAAAGAAGGAAGAGGUGGAGUCAGAUGAUGAAAUGGCUGGGAACUCAGGUGUUGGUGGCAUGGUCCUGGACGCGACAGCCGAGUUCUGUCGGACCCUUGGGGACAUACCCACAUAUGGUCUCGCUGGGAAUAGGGACACAACGACUGAAAUCAUGGAUUUCGAGCGUGAGGAGAUGGAAGCGGAGCCGGAGACCGAAGUCGGAUCUAGUGCUUGGAGUCGAGUUGAUAUCGGUAACGAGAAGCCGCCGGACCUCGUCGCUGGUUCAUCAGUGGGUCUGGAAGCCGAACCAGCCUUAGGUGCUGGGGUGGCCGGUGCGCUACAGUUGGCACUCAGUAAGGGAUACCUAGAAAGAGCCGGAGCUGCGCCCGCGCCGCGCUCGCAUCUCCAUCAUUUGCUCAACGCACAUAACUACUCGAUAGAAGACAAGACUUAUGGUGAGGAUGACAAAUACGGACGGCGCGAGCGCGGGCACCACGGAGGCGGUGCGGUGAGCGAGUUCCGGGAGAAGAACAACUUCCGGCCCAACAUCAAAUUGGAGUACGUCGACGACGAGGGCCACGCCCUGUGCCCCAAGGAGGCGUUCCGCUACCUGUCGCACAAGUUCCACGGAAAAGGACCCGGGAAAAAUAAGCAGGAAAAGCGAAUCAAGAAAGCGGUUCAAGAGGGCCUGAUGAAGAAAAUGAGUUCCACGGAUACUCCGCUCGGCACACUCCAUAUGUUGCAGCAAAAACAGAAAGAGACGCACUCUCCCUACAUAGUCCUCAGCGGGGCCAAGCGGGAUAAUAAAAAUUAA